AUGAAUGCUAAUAAAAUGGAUGGCGCCAAUCACUUGCAGCUGAGCAAGAGCAGGGUGGUACACAGUUUUCGGAGGGAUGAAAGAAACCGGACGGUGAUUCGGAACAGAGUAGAGAAGGAAGAAGAUAGGAAUGUCAAGACGGAAGUAAUCAAAAACAGUGGGGGCCCCAACUUUACGUGUGACAAAGCCAACUCCAGGCCCACGGAAACGUUUCAGCAAAAGCCCAGCAAGGGCCCCCAUUACAACGCCUCUGAGGAUACCGAAUCCUCGCUGCCCCAGCAGAAGCUGUUGACCUGGCUGAGUGUGCUAGAAUGCGUGGAGGUCUUUGCAGAGAUGGGGACAGCCAGGGUGUGGGGGGAGAUAGGCCGGUGGACCAUCAUUGUCCUCAUCCAGCUGGCUAAAGCCAUCCUUCGGCUCCUGCUCCUGCUGUGGUACAAAGCUGGCAUCCAGACAUCACCUCCCAUUGUGCCACUGAAGAGGGAGCAGCAGCAGCCUCUCCACUCCCAAGAGAUGGAAGGCAACUCCUCAGGGAAGGAUCAGACCUACAUUGGCAAGCGUUCCAGCCGUGUGGUGCGCUCCCUCCAGAGCACCCCAUCCUUGCAUUCCCGGCACUGGGGGUCGCCGCAGCAGAGGGAGGAGUCACAGAGCCGAAGAGCAGAGGAGAUGAACCAGCUUCCCACCCCUCUGGGUCUCCAAGAAACCAUCGCAGAAUCCCUCUACAUCACCCGCCCUCUGCUCCACCUAUUGAGUUUAGGAGUGUGGGGCCAGAGAUCAUGGAAACCCUGGCUCCUCUCAGGAGUCCUGGACAUCUCAAGCCUGAGCUUGCUGAGUGAUCUAAAGGACUUGAACAGGCGAGAGCGGGCGGAGCUGAGACGAAGAACCCUCCUCCUGCUGUACUACCUGCUGAGAUCUCCUUUCUACGAUCGAUACUCAGAGGGCAGGAUCCUCCUCCUGCUGCGCUUGUUGGCUGAUUACGUGCCUGGAGUUGGCUUUGUCACACGGCCACUGAUGGAUUACUUGCCUGCUUGGCAGAAAAUCUAUUUUUAUAACUGGGGCUGAUGAGGAGAAGAUGAUUAUUCUCUGCUAAGAUCAUGGGUGGACAUUUCUAAGGAGGGCAACCUUAGGCUGGGGGAGGGAUGUUGAUGAUAAUGUCUAAUUUUCAGUUAAACUAUGAAUGAGAAGCUCAUGUUCUGCAGGGUGAGGGAGGGGGUUUAUGGAAUUUUUUUUAACUGAUCUAGCUGUGAAUGAUGGACAAAUGAGAAGCUCAUGUUCUGCAGGGUGAGGGAGGGGGGUUUAUGAAAAUUUUUUAACUGAUCUAGCUGUGAAUGAUGGACACUACAUGUGUGAAGAGACCCUGGCCACCUCUCUCUCUGGACUGUUUGGUGGCUUCGGUGAUGGGAUGGCCUCUGUUUUUUUUAAGCCCUUGUUUUUUUCUCCUUUUGUACAGCUGCACUAUGAUAAAGCCAGGCAGGGGAGUGGAUUUUUGGAGAGCAUUGUCUCCCACCUCAUGGCACUGAGGCUGCCCUGCAGCCUGCUUGUGUUGGCUACUCCUGGCUUACCUGCUUGGAGUGGGCUUGUCUGUCAAAUAA